CGAUCGAUCGGUCCAAUGGCCACCGACUCUUCCUACCCCGUCCAGUUCUUCCACCGCGGCGGCGGCGGCGACGGCCAGUGGUGCAGCCUCGGCGCCGCCUACGCCGCCGUCCGGGUCCUCCGCCCGCAGGGCCACUCCCUCGUCAUGUACUCCGGUCCCGACAAGCAGCCCCACCAGUCCCAGCGUAUCGUCUUCGCGUACCCAAUCCUCGCGGGCGACGCCUUCGAGAGGCUGGACGGGUCCACGCUCUCCUGGGCGGAGCAAGGCUCCGGCGAUGAGUUCGCUCUCUGCUUCCUCGAUGAGGCCUCCUGCGCCGCGGUCUGCGGCGCCAUCUCCCCGGUCACGACAGCGCUUGCAGCCCUGGACGGCAUCGCUGACAGGCUCGAGGGGCUGCGAGUGGCCGCGGCGGAGGUGGGCGCCUCCGCCGCCGGAGGGGACAUCGCGUGUCGGCUCGCCCAGCUUAGCUUAGCCCCCGGGCCAUGAACUGGGCUGGCCGGAGAAUCGAAACCAACCAGACCAAAUUAUGAUGCAUGCCCAGUAAGGAAUUUCUUUUGAAUUUGGGUGGAAUCCCAUCGUGCGAAA